AUGUUGGACAAUGGCUUUGAUGCAGGAAAAAUGCGGGACAACAGUUUUGACAAUAGAGAAGAAGAUUCUUCUAAUUGCAGUAGUGAUGAGGUCAAAGUUGACCCCAGUAGGCCUCCAUCCCUAGCUUGGAAACGAAAACUUAAUAACGAGGAGCAAAACCUUUCUGAAUUUGGUCUGACUUUGAGAGAAAAAAUCACUCUGGCUCCAAUAGGUUAUAGGCUGUGGAGGUAUCUCAGAGAGGAAAAAAUCAGAGGAAAGAACUGUUUUCUAGAUCCUUUUACGAAGCGCCAUACAACAUCUUGCCAUGGGAUUCCAAUAGGUGGUAUUGGAGCAGGAAGUAUCGGGAGAAGUUUAAAAGGCGAAUUUAUGCGUUGGCAACUAUUCCCUAGAAUAUGUGAAGAGAAACCGGUCUUGGCAAACCAAUUUUCUAUAUUUGUUUCACAUCCAAAUGGGGAAAAGUAUUCUACUGUGCUAUGUCCAAAGAGUCUGGAAGUGUUAAAUGAUAGUUCAGCUUCUGGGAUAGGAUCUUGGGACUGGAAUCUGGGUGGACAAAGUUCCACAUACCAUGCAUUAUUCCCGAGGGCUUGGACUGUAUAUGAUGGAGAACCUGAUCCAGCACUUAAAAUAGUAUGUCGUCAAAUUUCUCCUGUUAUUCCCCAUAAUUACAAAGAGAGCAGCUUCCCUGUGGCAGUAUUUACUUACACGUUGUCUAAUUUGGGAAAGACAGCCGCAGAUGUCACUUUGCUUUUCACAUGGGCGAAUUCUGUUGGUGGGGAUUCUGGAUUUUCUGGUAACCAUUUCAACUCAAAAUUUGGCAUGGAGGAUGGCGUUCGUGGAGUUCUCUUGCACCAUAUGACUGCAAAUGGGCAGCCCUCAGUAACUUUUGCAAUUGCAGCAGAAGAAACCGAUGUAGUUCGUGUUAGUGAGUGCCCCUGUUUUAUAAUAUCUGGAAACUCCCAGGGCAACUCUGCAAGAGAAAUGUGGCAUGAAAUAAAAGAGCAUGGAUCCUUUGACCGCCUGAAUUCUGAAGAAAUGUCAGUCCCCUCUGAACCGGGUUCACUCAUUGGAGCGGCCAUUGCAUGUUCUCUGACUAUUCCAGCAGAUACGGUACGAACAGUUUCAUUUUCCUUGGCAUGGGCCUGCCCAGAAAUAAACUUUCCGGGUGGAAGAAUUUAUCACAGGAGAUACACCAAAUUCUAUGGUACUCUUGGUAACUCGGCAUCAAAAAUUGCACAUGAUGCUAUUCAUGAGCAUCAAAACUGGGAGUCACAAAUCGAAGCAUGGCAAAGACCUAUUCUUGAAGACAAGGGACUUCCUGAAUGGUACCCACCCACUCUUUUCAAUGAGCUUUACUACCUUAAUUCGGGGGGAACAAUAUGGACAGAUGGAUCUCCACCAAUACAUAGUAUAUCACACAUUGGAGAAAGAAAGUUUUCCCUUGACAGAUCCAAUUCUUGUAUUAGAAUUAGAAACAAUCCAUUCCAGCAAAAUGACACUGCUAUUGAGAUUCUUGAAAGGAUGGCUUCAACGCUUGAGGAGAUUCAAACUCCCAUAUCAACGCCUUCUGCAUUGGGAACGAAGCUACUGCAGAAAGGAGAGGAAAAUGUGGGUCAAUUUCUCUAUCUUGAAGGGAUUGAAUAUCACAUGUGUAACACAUAUGAUGUCCAUUUCUAUGCAUCAUUUGCCUUGAUUAUGUUAUUCCCAAAACUCGAACUUAGCAUACAAAGAGACUUUGCAGCCGCGGUUAUGAUGCAUGAUCCCAGUAAGAUGUCACUUCUACAAGAUGGAACUUAUGUCCAGAGAAAGGUUCUUGGUGCCGUUCCUCACGAUAUUGGAAUGAAUGAUCCGUGGUUUCAAGUAAAUUUCUAUAAUUUGCACAAUACAGAUAGGUGGAAAGACUUAAAUCCAAAAUUUGUGCUACAAGUUUACAGAGAUGUGGUUGCCACUGGGGAUAAAAACUUUGCAAAAGCCGUAUGGCCAUCUGUUUAUGUUGCAAUGGCUUAUAUGGACCAGUUUGAUAAAGAUGGCGAUGGAAUGAUAGAAAAUGAAGGGUUUCCAGACCAGACGUAUGAUACAUGGUCUGUAUCUGGUGUGAGUGCAUAUUGUGGUGGGCUGUGGGUUGCAGCCUUGCAGGCUACUUCAGCCCUUGCUCGUGAAGUUGGAGAUACGGAAUCUGAGGAUUAUUUUUGGUUUAAGUUUUUGAAAGCAAAAAAGGUGUAUGAUGUAAAGUUAUGGAAUGGCUCUUAUUUUAACUACGAUAAUAGUGGUAGUUCUACAAGCUCAUCCAUUCAAGCUGAUCAAUUGGCUGGACAAUGGUAUGCUCGAGCUUGUGGCCUUUUACCCAUUGUAGAUGAAGAAAAAGCAAAAAUGGCACUCGAAAAGGUUUAUGAUUUCAAUGUGAUGAAGAUAAAGGAUGGGAGGCGAGGGGCAGCAAAUGGGAUGCUGCCAAGUGGGGAACCCGAUAUGUGUACCAUGCAAUCGAGGGAAAUAUGGAGCGGGGUUACAUAUGCUGUUGCCGCAGCCAUGAUUCAUGAAAACAUGGUUGAAACGGCAUUUAACACUGCCGUUGGCAUAUACGAGGUUGCUUGGUCUGAAGAAGGUCAAGGCUACGGUUUCCAGACGCCGGAGGCCUGGAACUUAGAUGGGCACUACAGAUCUCUUUGUUACAUGCGGCCACUGGCAAUAUGGGCAAUGCAAUGGGCACUGACACAGCCAAAGAUCUCUAAGCAGAAGACGAGGCCAGAAAUCAAGGAAGAAUCCUUGCUUAGGCAACACGACGGAUUUUCAAGAGUGGCCCGUCUACUAAAGUUGUCUGAUGAAGUUGAUUCCAGGAGUGUUUUCCAGAUUAUAUUUGAUUAUACCUGUAAAAGGAUGUUAGAAUGA